GGAUUACGUCUGAGGGGAGGGUCCGUGUAUACACACACACAGACGGCCUCGAGAGAAGAAAGGGGUUGAGAGUUUUACCUCUGUUUCCGCACUUGCAGAGGGACACACGGCGAAAUAUUUCACAGACGGCUGCUAGAGGGACCGUACGGCCGGCAUCAUCCGCCAAAUCCCGCCAAAUUCCCCGGGAUAAAUCUGUCUACCACAUGACCUUCGACGUCUUCCGAACCCCAAGAAAGUGUAAAAUUCGAGCGAACCUUUCACCCUACUUUCCCCGUCCCGCCGGCCUGUUUUUCGUUCUUAUCGAACCCACCACUGCCCCAAAGGGGAGGAAUUGGCGAAGAAGGAUUACGUAAUGUCGCAGGGCCAAGAUUUACUAGCGAGGGAACUUGCGCAAUACGACGACAUUGCCACAAGUCUCUGUGUCGAUCCGGGCGUCGGCUUCACCACCCACAAGAUGAACCCACGAUUUCGUCACGUGAAGGGCCGGUUCGGGAAGCUCCGCGGAGUCCUGGAGACGUAUUCCAGGGAUGGGAAUGCGGAACGGGCGUAUGAGAGUCUGGUCAGCGGGAAUUGGGCCCGGACAUUCCUCAUGGGGAAACCAAGACAGAGCAUAGCUGCCUUCAAGAAACACUUCAUGCACUAUCUCCAUAUCUACGACGAUGAUUCCGGGGUGAAGAUCAUCCCCUGUCGUCGAUACUCCAGCGAAACUUGCGGUGCAAAGGUCGUCGUCACUAAACGAUGGACGCAGGGAGAGAGAAUUCAGAAGCUGUUCGGAUGCAUUGCGGAACUGACUUCGGAAGAGGAGAAGAAUUUCUUGGUAGCGGGUCAAAACGAUUUCAGCGUGAUGUACUCCACAAGGAAAGGAUGCUCGCAGCUGUGGUUGGGGGCUGCCGCUUACAUCAAUCAUGACUGCAAGCCAACAUGCAAGUUUGUGCCGACUGGUAAGAACAUGGCGUGUGUCAAGGUCCUCCGGGACAUGGAGGCCGGAGAUGAGGUCACUUGUUACUACGGCAACCACUUUUUCGGCGACAAUAACAUCAAUUGUGAAUGUGAGGGAGGGAGGGAGGGAGGAAACCGGCGAGAGGGAAGGAAGUACAGUUUGAGAGAGACUGAGAAGAGGUUGAAGAGACAGUUGCAGACAAAGUCUGGAGCCGCAGAAACCAGAGUUAUGCCGACUGCUAAGAGAAGAAAAGAAUCGGCAGUUGUCCUGACAGCCACGCCCCCUCCUUCCCUCCCACUCUCCGCCCGCUCUGAGACGCCCCCUCAAACUACGACAAAUUCCUGUUCCCCUCCCAGAAUUUCAACCCCCGCAACCCUCAUUGUUACCCCACUCGCCCUCCAGAAAUUCAGACUGCCCCCCAAAUCAUCGCCCCCUCGUCACACAACGAACCCCAGCCGUUCGACCCCCGAGGACACAAAUAGAACUCCAAAAGUGUCUUCAGACCUUUUGUACGGCGAGGGAGAGAGACUUUAUUCUAAUUCAUGCCCACCGUUGUCCAUCGGUACGCGAAUUCGUACACGGAGCCAGACAUCUUCGGUGGGCAGUACUCCGACGACCUUUGACCCCCUGCUGCGAAAGAUUUCACCCGAAGAAGGGGGUCAGCGACAGAGGUCGAAGAAAUUGCUCGAAAUUUUUUUCUCAAAGUUGGCACAGAAGAGUUUGCUGAACGGGCAAGUUGCUAUGGAUACGUCGUCGUCUUCGAGUGAUCACGGUAGCGACGCUUCUGAUAGCUCGGAGCCGUCACCCCGGAGAAAAUUGAGGGGGUCCCCCGAGAAAAUUAGUUCUCGGGGGGCCACGAGAAUUAAUACUUCGCGGACCCCCAUCUGCAGUUUUUACCAUCGCCCGGGGGGCAUGAUUACUCGAUCACAGAUGAAGACCUACUACACGCAUCCUUCCAGUCAAGGAUACUGGUUAAAAGGUCAGAGUAUGAAUCUUCGACUGGGGAAAGACGGAUUGUUGUCGAUUGGGUCGCCUAGCAACAACCCCAGCCCCACCUCACCUAACGGUUCUCAUCCGGUCAGCAUCAGCGUCGAAUGCCACACAAAGAAAUCUAUGAAUGAUAGCUCGAAAUGUUUCGAUCUAUCUUUUCCUCCAGACCAGCCCAAAGGUUCAGAGGUCAUGACUUCAAACAACGUUGCCGUGGCGCUAACUGCUAACGAGGAUAUGGAGGGGGUGGGGUUUAGGACUGGGAGUAGCUACAAUGCCAUUGCCAUGGAGACGGAUAAACAUUCGCAGAUCGUGUCAAAAGUGGCACACAUUGUUUUGGAAAAUGAAAGAGAAGAGGGGAGAAGAGAUGGAGAAGAUAAAGAGCCACUUUUUAAGACGAGGUUUGGGGACUGUGGUGGGCACUAUUUGGAAGUGGUUCCCAAGUCCCAGUCCAAUUCUACUGGAAUAGGAAUGAGACCGCCGGACUGUAAGUUGUCCACAGUGAACCCUCGGGAUCUCCGUUCCAUUCCACCUCCUCAUGCUCCGAACUGCAGCCGUAUCGAUUCUUAUACAGCGUUCGGAGUUGUCAUGUUUGCGGUGGGCAUAUACUCGAUCGUAAACCUCCAGCGUUUCGGCGACUUUACGGGCAACACGUACGUAGCGGGAGCGGCUAUUUUCAUCUUCGCCGGGAUCUUCAAGUUCGUGUUCGGUUUACUCGGGAUUCUGGUCAUGUUCUGGCAGAAAAAGCCUCUAAUGAUGAUUUUCGUUGCUGGGGUGAUUGUCCUGAUGUUUCUGACGUUUGCAGCUGCGAUUUAUGGUUUCCUAGCGAGACCAGGAGCGUACUUCACAAGUCGUGACAGGGUCAGUGGUAUAUCUAACAGCUCACUCACCGAUCUCAGAAACGAACUUGACAAGCCGGAGUGUAAUCGAACCCUCUCAGAUACCGCCAUGAUGGUAUUCGAACAGGUAUGAGAACACGCUGACCCAACAUCACUAAAAUGCCGCAAUCACACGAUUUUUGCUCUUUUUUCACACAGCCUUGUUUCGUGUUUCUUG